AUGCCCAUUAAGCCCCCUCCCCCACCCCCACCCCUUCCCUGCCUCAGGCUAGACAGCCUAACAGUACAUGUAAACAAGUGCUGGCCACAGUUCAACCGACGAGCAAAAAAACAAGACAAAAGCAUCCUUGAACAAGGACUUCGGAUCAACACAGCAGAUGAAAGGCCCCCAGCUGUGAUUCCUCCUCCCAUGACGAGACCAACUUCACCAAUCAGGGUCCCAGUCUCCCAGCAGCAUCGUUUUACCCUACCCCCCAACACUGCUGGCCAGUCACCCACCAGAAAACAGAGGCAGCACACUAAAGUUUCACCAAAGAACACCACACAGACAGUGAAAAAGUCCUCUCAGCUCGAAAUACCGCAUCCAGUCCCAGUGCCAGUUCGCAGCCCACCGCCCCUUCCGGUUCCGGUCUCCAUAUCAGUGACACUUCCGGUUUCUGCACCACUUCCGGUUCCUACACCACAUAUGAUCCACACACCACUUCCGGUUUCUGCACAACUUCCGGUGUCUAUGCCACUUACAGUACCGUUCCUGCUUCCUCCUCCAGUUCAAGUCCCACUUCCUGUCGGGUCCAUCCAUGGUUUGCCAACAGCACAGCUACCUAUUUCAGUCACCUGCCAGCCACCCAGGUAUGUCGCCAUCCUGCCCGGAGUGUCACAGCAGCCAGCUCUGCAGUCCGCCAUGGCCCCCAGCCUGAAGUCAUAUUACAAGCGCCAGAAGGAAGAAAUGGAAAUGGGAAGGGUGGUUCGAAGGUACGUAAGACAGAGGCCGAUACAGUGCAAUGUAACCGGGGAAAAGGGUUUUUAG